GGUUAAUUUCUGGGUGCCGCAGUGCUACUGUGCAAGUGCACAACGCAUAAACAUCUCCUGCGAUGGUCUUUCCUCAGGUGUAAGGCUCAACGACAGGGAAGCAUGGUGGAUCCAAUCUGGCUUGCGCUCAAGCUGCUUCUCUCCCUCGCACUGUGCGCCGCAGUCGGAUUAUCAUUCGCCGUCGCUUUCGAAACACUCCGAAGAAAGUUCAAUCGCGAUCAUGUUGAAGCUCCUCCCGCGUUCGAAGAUCCAAAUUCAUUGACGCCUGUCCCCUGUCCGAGUAUUUUUGAUCCUGCCCAAAAGUAUAUGUCAUUGAUCAUUCCUGCGUACAAUGAGGAGAAUAGGCUUCCUGCUGCUCUUGAUGAAAUGCUAUUUUAUCUUCAACACCGUGCUGCCAAGGACAGGUCAUUUACAUAUGAGGUGAUUAUAGUUGAUGAUGGAAGUGCUGAUAGAACAAAAACUGAAGCUUUUAAAUUUGUGAAGAAGCACACAGUAGAGAAUGUGAGGGUUGUUUUGCUGGGAAGGAAUCACGGAAAGGGUGAAGCCAUACGAAAAGGAAUGCUACACUCACGUGGUGAGCUGCUUCUAAUGCUUGAUGCUGAUGGGGCAACAAAAAUAGAAGAUCUUGAAAAGUUAGAAAAUCAGAUUUUUGCAGUUGCUAAAAAACAUGGUUUUGGAGCUUCUGCUGCUAGUGAUUCAACUUUAAGAAUUUCAGACGUCUCAGUUGUUGCAUUUGGUUCUCGGGCACAUCUUGAGGAGAAGGCUCUUGCAACGGUUGAGUUUAUUAAGCCCCCCCCCCCCACACACACACACACAAAACCCUCCAUUCCCAGAUAAACUUCGCGGUUUGAUUUUUGUGCUCAAAGAAGAUUCAUUUGGAGAUAUACUUCUACUCUUCUAGAAUAUAUUAAGUUUGUAUAUACUCUUUAUAUAAUCAUAAAUAUUAAGAGUCAAAGUGUUGUAUUGGACACCAUGAAAUUCAAACUGUGAAGUUUAUUUUGGGGCUGAGGUAGUAGUUUUUCAUUUGUGAAAUGUACCAUUCUUGCUCUUUUCUGCCUUUGUCAUUUUCAUUUCUCUCUCUGUUUCCAAGUUUGCAAAAUCCCUUUGUGCCUUGUUUCAGAGAAAGUGGUAUCGGAAUUUCUUGAUGAAAGGUUUCCAUAUUGUGGUUCUCUUGGCUGCUGGACCUGGAAUCCGUGAUACCCAGUGUGGGUUCAAGAUGUUUACCCGAGCAGCAGCCAGGAAACUUUUUCCAAAUAUCCGUUUGAAAAGGUGGUGCUUUGAUGUUGAGAUAGUCUAUAUCUGCAAACGGUUGGGUGUACCGAUAGUCGAGGUAUCUGUGAAUUGGACUGAAAUUCCCGGGUCAAAGGUAAACCUUAUGAGCAUCCCAAACAUGUUAUGGGAGUUGGCAAUCAUGUCUCUGGGUUAUAGAAGCGGCCAUUGGAAAAUCAACACUUGAAGUCCUUUUGUUUUUUAAAGCUGACCCUUUUGGCUUUCAUAGUUUCAGAGAGGAUUAUACAUCUGACAGCAACCAACCGGUCUGCAAUGGAGAUUCGAGUUGCUUUCUGUGUACAAUAUUGUGAAUCAGUUCAGAACAAGUCGUUUUCUUUGUUAAUUUUAGUUGUACAAUAUUGUUUGAUAAUUUGAUCAAAUGCACUGGACUUUCAGGUGUU